AUGCGGGCGUGCACAGGCGUGAGCAGGUCCCCCAAGUCGGUUCGUGGCAAGCCCGGCACGUCGGCGUGCUCAGCCUGCUCCACGGGCACGACGGACGGACGGGCGUCGUCGUCGUCGUUGGCGGUGGCGGCGGCGGUGGAGGAGGUGGUGGCCGAGGAGGGGGAGGAGGAGACGGUGGAGGAGGAGGAGAUGAAGGAGGUGGAGAGAGUGAGGCAGGCUGUGAUGACGCUGCAGAAAGGAUGGAGGUUGAGCAGGAGUCGAAGAGGGGAGGCAGAGCGAGCGGCAGUGGAGGAGGAGGCAGCCGUGGAGGAGAGGGGAUACGACGGAGCGGCUGCCGCGUAUUGUAAGGAGAAGGAGGGUGCGGCGGAGCUGAAGGAAUGA